AUGGCCAUGAAAGUCUUGGAAGAGAACACAGAAAUGUCAAUGAAAUGUAACAUUUUCUGGAAUAGUGAGUAUGGAUUUGAAGUGAAGCAAGGAUCAGGUGCAAGUGAAGUGAAGCAUUUGGUGGACAUCAACAGUAAUGCAACUUACAUGAAAGCAUACAGUUACUUUCUACAGCCUGUAUUGGGUAUGAAUAUGUGGCCAGAGUCACAAAACCCAACUGUUAUACCACCUCAUGUCAAGAAGAUGCCUGGAAGGCCAAAGAAGGUUAGAAGAAAAGAGCCUGGUGAAAAUAAGACAGGAAAAUUGUCCAAAAGUGGAGUGGAAAUGACAUGUAGCAGUUGUCAUAACAAGGGUCAUAACAAGAGGGGAUGUGCAAAGGCUGCUGGAGGUAAUACUGCUGCAACUUCAGCAAAUUCUGUACCUACAAGUGUUGGUAGUUCAAAGCCACCAAAGCAAAGUACUGCAAGAGGAAGGGGUAGGCCAAAAGGUUCUAAAGAAAAGGAUGUUGGUACUAGCACUGAUGUAAGAACACAAUUUAAGAAACCAAGGAUGGUUGGGAUGGGAGUUUUACACACUCAAAGUGGUUUCAAGAUUCAAAAUCCUGGAAUGUCAUCUACAAACUUUAAGAAUGUGAGGUCCUCGGCAGAAGUAGCUGGAAAUCUAGGCCAUCAACCAACACGAGAUGUUAAAUGGAAAGGUAAAGAAGUUAUGACAUCAAGGCAGCUUCAACAAUUGAGAGGCAAGAAGCUCAUUCAAACAAGGUCUAGGGCUGCUAAGUUGACCCAGGAAAGCACCAUUGCAAAUCAACCCAGCUGA